AUGACAACCUCAAGACAAGCUCCAGUGACCAAGAUUAGAGUUUAUUACAAAUCACUUUCUAAUCCACCAUCUAGAAAUCAAGAUCCACAAGAAGAAGUGCAAUUAAAGUUUGUUUAUACUAACUUGAAAUAUGCUCCUCAUGAAUUGACAUGGAAGAAUUUCCGUUCCGAUCUUCAAGUUCAAUUGGCCAAGCAUUUGGGAAAGAGUGUCAGUACACUUGAUUCUGUUGUUUCCUUUAUUUACAAUGAUCAAGAAUUUGAAAUUGAAUCAACUGAUGAUUCAGCCUUUUUGAGUCAAGUAUUGCAAUCCAAUACUUUGGAUCAACGUUUGGAUGAUAUUAUUGUCUUGAUGAGUCCAAAGCUUUUGAAUAGAAAGCAACUUCCAUUGAUGGAUACUAGUGAACCAUUGCACGUUAUGGAACUCGUUGAUGAAGGUGACAAGUAUAAGAAGACUAUCACUGUUGGUUUGCAUCAACAUGGUAAACUCUAUGUUAGAUUAAUGAAUGGUGUUACUGUUUCCAAAAUAAGUUUGUUGGGAAAUCUUCUCCAUUUCUGCCAUCAAAUCAACAUGAAUAUUAUAGAGAGGUGA